UUCACAUCAGCUGUUUGACUGUAUAUUAUGGUCUCGCUGCAGUGAUAGGAUCUGAUCGCCUUUUCCUCCCAAGCCGGGCAACAUGACAGACCGGCGCUGGAAUGAGACCUUAGCGUUUUUGACUGCACUUCAUGUUUUGUCGUUAGCGGCAAGGUGCUACGGUGACAAUGUGCUACAUCCACCUGAAGGGAAGCCUCUGGAUCCGGCCAAGCAGCACAGCUCCAUGGGUAAACUGGAACACUAUGAGACAACUGUACCUUUCCUGCUGUUAAAAGGAGAGAAGAAACCAAUCAGCCUCCUGCAAUCUAUGAGCCAUCCCGCCUCCCUGAAGUUGUUGAUCGAGGCUGAAAGUGAACAGCUGGUCCUAGCUCUGGAGAAAAACGAGGGGCUGUUUGCGAGUCAUUACACAGAGACACACUACCUGGAGGAUGGAAGUGCGGUUUCUACCGGCUCCCACAACUCAACGGUGAAUUGCUACUACCACGGAGUGGUUCAGGGACAUGCCCAUUCCGAUGUCAGCCUCAGUACCUGCACUGGCCUCAGGGGACUCAUCGCCCUUGAAGACAGGACCUUCGUCCUUGAGCCAGCAUUCCAUCCGGACAACGGCACUCACUUGAUUUACAGAGGAGAAUACCUCAGCCUCUCCCCCGGCACUUGUGGUCACGGUUUCAACAUAACCCACUUGGCCGCCGACCCCACGGGCAGUCCCUUCCAGUCAUUUGGCACGAGGCACAAGAGACACGCGCAGAGGACUACAAAGUAUGUGGAGCUGAUCAUCGUGGCUGACAACCGAGAGUUUCAGAAACAGGGGAAGGAUGUGGAAAAGGUCAAACAGAGACUGGCUGAAAUUGCCAACUACGUGGACAAGUUCUACAGAGCCCUGAACAUCCGUGUGGCUCUGGUGGGCCUGGAGGUGUGGAGUGACACGGACAAGUGCUCCAUCACGCAGGACCCCUUCACCACGCUGCAUGAGUUCCUGGACUGGAGGAAGCUCAAGCUGCUGCCCCAGAAGCCCCACGACAACGCCCAGCUGAUCAGUGGAGUGUACUUCCAGGGCACCACCAUCGGCAUGGCCCCCAUCAUGAGCAUGUGCACGGCAGAACAGUCGGGGGGCAUCGUCAUGGAUCAUUCGGACAACCCACUGGGUGCAGCAGUGACUCUGGCACACGAGCUGGGACACAACUUCGGAAUGAACCACGACACACCAGAGAGGGGGUGUGGGUGCCGGAUGACCGUCGACCGCGGGGGCUGCAUCAUGACCCCUUCCACAGGGUACCCCUUCCCCACAGUGUUCAGCAGCUGCAGUAAGAAGGACCUGGCCGCCAGCCUGGAGAAGGGAGUGGGCAUGUGCCUCUUCAACAUGCCCGAGAUCAAGGUGCUCUACGGGGGGCAGAAGUGCGGCAACGGAUACGUGGAGGAGGGCGAGGAGUGUGACUGCGGAGAGCUGGAGGAGUGCAUGAACCCCUGCUGCAACGCCACCACCUGCACCCUGAAGGACGGCGCCGUGUGCGCGCACGGACAGUGCUGCGAGGACUGCAAGCUGAAGCCCGCCGGCACUCCCUGCAGGGAGUGCAGCAACUCCUGCGACCUGCCAGAGUUCUGCACCGGCACCAACCCCCACUGCCCCGCCAACGUCUACCUGCACGACGGCCACGCCUGCCACAACGUGGACGGCUACUGCUACAAUGGCAUCUGCCAGACCCACGAGCAGCAGUGCAUCACCCUCUGGGGCCAAGGAGCCAAGCCGGCCCCGGGGAUCUGCUUUGAGAGAGUCAACUCUGCAGGUGACCCCUACGGGAAUUGUGGGAAGGAUUCCAAGGGGUCAUUCGCAAAAUGUGAAGCACGAGAUGCUAAGUGUGGCAAAAUUCAGUGUCAAGGAGGGGCCAACCGGCCGGUAAUCGGUACGAAUGCUGUCUCCAUAGAAACGAACAUCCCCCUGCAGGAAGGGGGGCGGAUUCUGUGUCGCGGGACUCAUGUUUACCUGGGGGACGACAUGCCCGACCCGGGCCUUGUACUGACCGGUACCAAGUGUGGAGAGGGCAUGAUGUGCCUGAACCGUCAGUGCCAGAACAUCAGCAUAUUCGGGGUGCACGAGUGCUCAGCGAGGUGCAGCGGGCGCGGGGUCUGCAACAACAAGAAGAAUUGCCACUGUGAGGCGCACUGGGGGCCUCCUUUCUGCGACAAGGCGGGGUUCGGGGGCAGCGUGGACAGUGGCCCCAUGAGACAGGCGGCCGACAGCCGCAGUGUGACGGUCGGAGUCUUGGUGGCACUCCUGAGCCUUGUUGCUGCAGGAAUCGUCAUCUGCUUAAAGAGAAGGACCCUCGUUCGCCUGCUCUUCUCCAACAAGAAGACGGCCAUCGAGAAAUUGAGGUCUGUAGGUCCAAACGGGUCAUCCAGUCCACCCCCAACACACCCCGUUCCCAGGACGUCCCCACCUCGACCAGCCAUUGCCAGGACCCAGAGCGUCAGUAUAUACAAGCCGGCUCCCCUGGGCUCCGAGUCCCUCCUCCCCCCGAACAACUUCCACUCCCACAACCUGCGGAGGCUGCCCCAGUACCAGCCGGUCCAUAUCAGCCACCCCAUCCCCCUGCCCCUGGGCACGACCCAGCCACGCCCACCAGCCCCGCCCCCACACAGGACCCCACCCCCCCACGGCCACUCACCGCCAAAAGGGCCACCGCUCCGAGGCCUGCCGCGACACAGCUCCUUCAGGAUGGACAUGGAACUGGAGAAGCCCAGCCCCCCUCAGAAGCCUCUGCCCGCUGACCCUCUGGGGAGGACCUCUCGUCUGGCACGCAGCCCCUCGGCCAUCGGCGUCCCCCUCCCCAUGCCCUUCCCUGGGGUCUCCAGACCGGCGCCUCCCGCCCCACACCCAUCCAGGCCAGCACCCAAGCAGCCCCCAACAUUGCCAAAGCCCCGCGUAAUCACUGACAUUAAAUACAGGAGCUGAGGAGCGGAUGGGAAUGUCGGCAACAGAUGAAGACACAAUACGAUUUGCACUACAAAACUCCGAAAAGCCUCCAGACGGGGGCUUUUCUCAGAGUUUUCCACAGAAAGAAAGGGGCUGAGCUGACGCCAUGGUGCUGUCACUCUCUCUAUACCGGUGCUAUGAGUCCCCACUCAGGUACUUGUAAAUUAUUUAUGUUUGGUAUUUAUUGCAAUGCAGUGCACUGUGGUAGACACUUUUUGACGGUAGCAUUUGUGAUAUAUCUGUUUCUUUUGUUAUCUGCUUAUUUUUUUACAAGCAGAGAUAGAGCAUUCCCUUCUUUUUGCACCACAGUUGAGGAAAUAUGUGACUGACCUUGGUGUUUUUUUUAUAGGGUGCUUUU